AUAUCUUAGCUUCUCAAGUCCCCUUCCUUCUUCACUCUACUGUCUCCUUCCCUCAAAACCCUCAGUACCACAGUUUCAGAUUGAGCAGGCAGGUUGUAACUCUCUCCAUUGCAACCUCUGCUGUGAUUCAUAAUCCAGCGGUCAACAGUCUCACACAUGGCGAAGAGUUUUCAUCACGCGACGAUUCACAAGAGACGUCAAGCAUGGUACGCUUAACCCACCUCCGUCUUCUCUGGAUAUAAAAUGGUAUCUGCUGAGUCCCCACAGUCCUGUAAUAACUCUGCCAUGGCGAAGUACAGUUCAAGAAACAAAUCCUCUGGCUGUUUUUCCGAUGGUUGCCUCUUCCUCGGAGGAGCAUUUUCCGCUCUUGUUCUAGUUUGGGGUUUCUGGUCAUUCAUUUCUACAAUCCCUCCUUCAAACUCCAAUUUCGACUCCGUCACCUCGAAACUGAAAUCCUUAAAAUUUCCGGGAGCCGUCGCCGGCAAUACGAAUUGCGCCCCUGCAACGCAUGGGGCCGAUCUCCAUGACGACCCGCCGGAGAAAACCUUCUACGAUGACCCUGACAUGGGAUACACGAUGGCCCAACCGAUGAAGAACUGGGACGAGAAGCGGAAAGAGUGGCUGUCGCGUCAUCCGUCGUUCAUUCCCGGAGCGCAGGAGAGGGUUCUCCUUGUGACGGGAUCGCAGCCUUCGCCUUGCCGGAACUCGAUCGGCGACCACUUACUUCUGAGACUCUUCAAGAACAAAGUAGAUUACUGUCGUCUCCACGGCUACGACAUCUUCUACAACGCCGCGCUGCUCCAUCCAAGAAUGAAAUCAUACUGGGCGAAAUACCCGGUGGUGAAGGCUGCGAUGCUGGCCCACCCGGAGGCCGAGUGGAUCUGGUGGGUCGACUCGGACGCGUUGUUCACCGACAUGGACUUCAAGCUCCCGCUGCAUCGUUACAAGGAUCAUAACCUUAUCGUUCACGGGUGGGCCCAUCUGAUUCACGAACAGAAAAGCUGGACUGGCCUCAACGCCGGCGUGUUCUUGAUCAGAAACUGUCAGUGGUCGUUGGACUUGAUGGAGGCGUGGACCAGCAUGGGCCCACAAACACCAGAGUACGAAAAGUGGGGCAAAAUCCUCAGAGCCACCUUCAAGGACAAGGAGUUCCCGGAGUCAGACGAUCAGACGGGCCUCGCUUUCUUGAUCUCAGAAGAGAAGGAAAAAUGGGCGGACAAGAUUUAUCUGGAAGGCGAGUAUUACUUCGAAGGCUACUGGGAGGAGAUAGUGAAGACGUACGAGAAUAUUACAGAACGAUACAGUGAACUGGAGAGAGAGGAUGAGAGGUUAAGAAGGAGGCACGCAGAGAAGGUGAGCGAGAGUUACGGUGCGGUGAGGGAACCGUACCUAAAGGAGGCAGGGAACGGGAGGGGAAGCUGGAGGAGGCCGUUUAUCACACACUUCACGGGAUGCCAGCCUUGCAGUGGAAAUUACAAUCAUAGGUAUACGGCCGACAUGUGUUGGAGCAAAAUGGUGAAGGCACUAAAUUUUGCUGAUAAUCAGGUGAUGCGUAACUAUGGUUAUGUACACCCGGAUCUACUGGAUAAUUCUGUUUCUCCAGUUCCUUUCGAUUACCCUGCAUGAGAAUCUGAGUUAGGUGAUUAAUAAAAAAAGUUGAGUAAUUACUUGUUUAAUGAGAUCCAAUUAUAGAUGACAAUGUCCACGGGGAUUCUGUUUAUAUUUUAUGAUGAUCAGAGAAUGUCACUGUGAAGGGUGUAGUGAUAGUGUAUGUGUAAGAAUUUGUGGGGGGAUUAAUUAAUCAAUGCGUAAUGAAGUAUAUUAUGAUAUGAUAGUAUUAUGGUUGUUCUGGAUCCCUAGAGAA